AUGGCCGUUCUCGGCAUCAUCAUAACUCACUUAUUUAUCCUGCUACUAUCAGCAUGGGCUACGACAGCUUCCACCCGCUCCCGAAUCGGCGCACUCAUACAGCUACUCUUUGCAGCCUCCUGGAUCUGGGAGCUCUGCCUCAAACUCCUCACACUCUUGUUAGCUACAGCCAUCGGCGCCGCCCUUGCGCGGGUGAUGUGGUACGAUGCGCUAAUUGAGUCUGGUGCCCGACAACCUUCGGCUGGACAGGACGAGCUGUCCAAAGUGGACUCUUUCAAACAGAGCAUGAAACUAGAUGCGCUGGAGAAGGAGAUUGAUGUCGAUUUCGCGAAGCUGCUUGCUGGCGUUCCGCCGGCCUGGUUUCUGGCUGUUGUGCUGGCUGUUUGGGUGGAUUUUGUGAGUCUAGGGGUUUACCUGGCUAGGUUGUGCUGGAAGGGCGCGAGGGGAUUGCUGAGGGGUGUGAUAGGUGGCACGCCUGCUCCUCCUAGUGAAAUGAGGGUGGAUGGGCUGAAAGGAACCGAGGACGCCAGUGGUGGGACUGAUGUUUUUGGUACCCAAGGCGUUCAUGGUGUCCAAGGAGCUGAGGCUGUCUUUGGUAUGAGUGGUAGCCCAGAAAAUGAGGGUUAUGAGAAUCUGGCGGGUGAUGGCGUGGACGCAGCUCAGGACAGCGCCAGGGGGUCCAUCAAGAUCCAUCUGCAUUGCGCCCCAUUCUCUAUGUCCAGAGCCGUGCAGAGAAGGAGCACAAACCUACCUGGGCUCAUCUGCACCUCGCCCACUACUACGGUGAGGGCUCUCAUAGGGGUGGAAGGGGGAUUUAACGCUGGUGACGCUGGCGUUAGAAAACAACAGAACAUAGCACAAGCUCAGCCGGAGUUCGCCUACAUUGAGACUGCGAAUGCAGCCGGCAGUGGCACAUUCACAUAA